GAGAGAGCGAGAGAGCGAGCGGGAGCGGGUCGUGGCUGCUGAAUGUGGAUUGGGUCUUUCUGCAUACUGAUGCUGAGGACUGAAGUUCCUCAGGACCGCUAAAACAAACAAUGGAGGAGUGCCAAGAUUUUUGUCUCUGUGGAAAAGCAGUUGUCAGUGAAGCUAAUCUAAGAGAUGAGUAUUAUUGGAAGCUUUCUGCAGACUUCAUCGGUCCACAAUCAGGAGAAGGAUUAGAGCUCGAUGUUGCUCCAUGCAAAAACAGAUUCAUGAUUCAAGUGGGUCUCCUAAGAGAGGACAAUAACUUUCCUUGGGCUGCUAUUGUGGACUGGCUCAGGAAGAUCUUCUCUCUGAACCAGACCGCUGACUUUCGUACCUUGAUUGAAAGAGGCGUUGCCACCACUCUGAGUUUGGGAAGUGAUGCGAGGCUGGCCUUCCUAGAGUCAGAUGUCAACUUCAACUUCGUCGGACCGAUAUGCGACAGCAUUGGAGUUGAACGACAGCAUCUUUUGGAAAUGAGGGAUUUCUCAGAACAAGCGCAGUCAGUGGAGGUCACAAACGGAUUGAUUCUUGAGUUGAGCAACUUUGUAUCAAGGGAAAGAAUUGCCCCGAUUGUUAUAAUUUCUUGGCUUCAAAAUUUUGACCCCGACAUUUGUGACAGUUGGAAUAUUCAAAAAGCGUACAAAGUCCUGAGGAGCAAGAUCAAAAGGAUAAAGAUGUGUUGUCGAAGUUCUGAAACAAGGAGUAACAGGAGGAGUGCAGCGAUCGAAAGUCUGCUUCAAGCCCCAUUUGAACUGGUACCGAGAAAAAUGCCCAAGUUUCUCCUGAAGAAACGCAUAAAAAGAGACGAAGAAAAUACUGAACAAGUCAUAAUCAAGGAAGAAUGUGAAGCUGUUGAAAUUAUGCAAGUUGAAAGGCCUGAAAUGGGGACUGAAGACACAAAAAAAUUUACCCAAGUGCAAGUUCAAAGUCACGCAGAUUCCCGUAGCGAGUCCAAAAAAGCAGAAAAAGCCUCUUUUAAAGGAGAAGCCAAGACCUUACUCGAUAUCGCUAUGCUGUCAGUUCAGAAGCUGUCAAAAAUGUACGAUGGAAAAACCCCGGCAUGCAGACAACUUUCUAUGGAUCUGCUCAAAAAUCAGUACACCCUGACAUGUAAAGAGCAUCCAGCCAUGGCAGAGUUUGAGAGAAUAUUUAACUCACUGGGUGAAGACGUCUCACUUGCAUCUCCGAUACAGUUUCUAUAUUGUAAUGCACAUUUCCUUGUUGCCGUGCACAAUGCAGUGGAGGAGCACAUUAUGAACUUUGAAAGGGAGCUAAUUCUGUCAUCGGGGGAGAAACUGGGACGCGACAAACUCCCCAAAUUCCAGAAUUUUGUAAAUAUGAAGGAGAGCGCCACCUCACGCUACAUUCACAUGGCUUGUGACAUCCUGCGUUCCCACACGCCCAACAAGAAGUCCUACAGAAAACACUGGGUGGCUUUCUGCAAGGAGAUGAAGAAUCCCUCCAGACUUGUGUUUAAUCAGCCCGAUCGAUUGAGCAGCUACUUUGAAGCCGCGGCAGGACUCGUCCACCAUUACCAAGAGACCGUGCCGUUCUUCUCAGAUCUGCUCUCACUGGACAACGAAAAGUGCCCAGACAUCAUUCUGGAGAGCGUUGCCGCCGACGCAGCUGACUCCAUGAUUCAGAGCCUCCUGUGCGUUCUCGCCAUUGUCUACUGCAAAAUCCUGGGCCCGUACUGGCAGCUCCUGAGGAGCGGCGGCGAGUACUCGCUCUUCAGUCACUACAUCCUCUGUCUUUACCAGAAGUUUCUGGACUGGUCCAAAGAUCCUUCAACUCUUCUGGAACCAGAUGAGUACACGAACAUUUUUAUGCAGUAUCCCCUGCAGCAGAAGGUUUUCAAAGAGAUCUUCAACUAUUACGGCAAGUGGCACACAAACAGAGACCUCAUCAGGGCCUGCCUGAAGAGAACCAUCAAAGUGAUCGCUGGUGUCACCGAAGAGUACAUGAAGGAUUUUCUGCCAGGAGGAAUAUUCGGUCAAGCCCCUCCGGCAGAUGUGAGCGUGCGGUUGAUAAGCUGCACGUUCUCCGUCCUGAUGGCGGAUUACCCCUUUGCCGAUGUGGACCAGUCCAAAAAGAAAAAUCCAGACAAAUCAUCCAAGCUCUCAGUGAAGAGGAGCCCAUCGUCGGACGACAGCUCCCAAGAGGACGACGGGCCGUCUGACAUGAGCUCAGACGAACCGCCCUCUCAGCACGGCAAGAAGAAAGGGGCGGGACGGCCGCCUGACGAGGUGCUGGAGGAGAUUCUGGACCAGGAUUACAUAGCUGCUACAGUCAAGGCAAACGGAGGGCCGUGCAAGUCGCAGCAGGACGUGGACAAAAUGAUGCUGCGCUUCGACGGCAUGACUCGGGUUCACAAGCGGGAGGCCAUGCGCUGCGAGCUGCUGUACCACAAGAUGAUCCUCAACAACACCAGCCCACAUCUGGACAGCCCUUAUCGCAGCACCACGCAAAUGGUGCUGAAGCUGAAGCUCGCUCUUCCUCGAGUGAAGCCUGGGUACUCCAUUGUCAUCGAGCCCAAAAGGCCCAAAAAAACCCCAAAAUUCAUGAAGCGAGCCGGUCUCUCCACAACUGAUCCUUCCACUGGCCAGAGCGAGAGCAGCACCACAUGAACAGGAGACUUUCUCAAACCAGCAGACAACUGAAACAUGAGGCAUUCAUUAUCAGUUUAUGUACCAAAAGCAGUGAUUGCCUGCGCUCACCACAGUACUUUUGAUAAAUGUAGUGUUGGAUUGUCAUCAUGGAUGUUUUUCGAUGAUUCAAAUAUUUUAGCUGAGUCCAUAGUAGUUGUUUUCUAAAUGCUUUUUUUUUUUUAGUUGCUUAAAGAGAAACCUUUUCUUUUGUAAGAAUACAUACAUGAGUUUACAGAGAUCUUUUUUGUUGUUGAAAUAACUGAUUAACUUGAGAUGUACCGAAUAAAUCAUUGUCAAAAUAAACUUUCAUUAUCAUAUUCUGUUGGUUUUUACAGUAUUAACAAUGAAGAAAUGCACAACGUAUUGAGGGUGUAAGUGUGGUGUGCACAUAGUUUCAAAUGUCACUCAGUUCAUUGUUACAAGAUAAAAUCACUAAAUGGUACUUGGUAACAUCUCACUGGUGAUAACAAAUCUUUUUGUUUUUCUGUCUCUGCUCAUCUCAGUUUGAAGAUUGAGGAAAAUAAACACAUCCACUGAUAGCUCGAAAACAGA